GGCCGUGCUGCCCAAAGCCACUUCCGGUAGGCGCUUCGGUGGCGGCAGAGGCAGGUGAGGGUGCGCGAAGAUAGGUGGAGGAGGCAGGGCUGAGCUUUCGAUCUCGCUUGGAUUCUGAACCAGAAUUCGAAACAGAGCGCUUCCUGAGGAUGCUGAAGCAACAGCUUUUGUGGAUUGAGUUUCAUCUAAAGUGGAACCAACAGAAGGAUUAAUUAACACAUUCAGUUCUAAAAUAAACCAUGGACCAUGGGUUGGUGAUGUUCAGAGAUGUGGCUGUAGAUGUCUCUCAGGAAGAAUGGGAAUGCCUGAAUCCUGCACAGAGGAAUUUGUACAAAGAUGUGAUGUUGGAAAACUAUAGAAACUUGGUUUCUCUUGGACUUUCUAUUUCUAAGCCAGCUGUGAUCUCCUCAUUGGAGCAAGGAAAGGAGCCCUGGAUGGGUGUGAGGGAUGUGACAGGAAGACAGUGCCCAGACUUGGCGUCCAGAGAGGAGCCCACAAAAUUAUUGCCAGAAAAGGACAUUUGUGAAAUAGAGCCAUCCCAAGGGGAUUGGGAACAAAUUAGAAGCCACAGCCCUGAGAGAUCUAGUUUCAGAGAUAUUUGGGAAUGCAGAUGUCAUUUUGAGCAACAGCAGGGACAACAGGAAGACUAUUUCAGGCAAUUCAUGAUGAAGCAUGAGAACAUACCCAUUUUUAGACAACAUACUUUACUCUCCCAAGAAUUUUGCAAUAAAGAAGAAAUCUCUGAAUGUAACAAAUAUAGGAAAAACUUCAGUUACCAUUUAUUCUUUAGUCACCACAAAAGAAAUCCUAAAGAAGAACUUACUGAAUGUAAGGAACGCACGGGAAUCGUUAAUACAUCAUUCCUUAUGAGUAAACAGAGCAUUCAGAAUGGUGAAUGUAAAGAAUGUUGGAAGGCCUUUAUUCAGUGCUCACAACAUAAACAACAUCUGAGACUUCAUAAUGGUGAAAAACGCUAUGAAUGUAAAGAAUGUGGAAAAGCCUUUAAUUAUAGUUCAGAACUUACUCUACAUCAGAGAAUUCACACUGGUGAGAAACCCUAUGAAUGUAAGGAGUGUGGGAAAGCUUUUCGACAAAGAUCGCAACUCACUCAACAUCAAAGACUUCAUACUGGUGAAAAACCCUAUGAGUGUAAGCAUUGUGGGAAAGCCUUUAUUCGUGGCUUUCAGCUUACUGAGCAUCUGAGACUGCAUUCUGGGGAGAAGCCCUAUGAAUGUAAGGAAUGUGGGAAGACUUUUAGGCAUUGCUCAUACCUCACCAUUCAUCAGAGAAUUCAUACUGGGGAGAAACCCUAUGAAUGUAAGGAAUGUGGGAAAGCCUUUAGCUAUCACUCAAGCUUCUCUCACCAUCAGAAAAUUCAUUCUGGCAAGAAACCUUAUGAAUGUAAUGAAUGUGGGAAGGCUUUUUGUGAUGGUUUACAGCUUACCCUACAUCAGAGAAUUCACACUGGUGAGAAACCCUAUGAGUGUAAGGAAUGUGGGAAGACGUUUAGACAAUGUUCGCACCUCAAAAGACAUCAGAGAACUCAUACGGGUGAGAAACCUCAUGAAUGUGUGAUAUGUGGUAAGGCCUUUAGAUUUCAGUCACACCUUACUCAACAUCAGAGAAUUCAUACUAGUGAGACACCUUAUGAAUGUAAAGAAUGUGGGAAAGCCUUUAGCUAUCAUUCAAGCUUCUCACAUCAUCAGACAGUGCAUUCUGGGAAGAAGCCUUAUGAAUGUGGGAAGACGCUGAGUCAUGGCUUACAACUUAAUCUGCAACAGACACCUCAGACUGGUGAAAAGUCAGUCAAGUUUCCUUUCCUCUCCCACCAUCCUAGUCUAGCAUCAUGAAAUUAUUUCUGGAAAGAUACAUUUCCUUUCUUUAAGUAAAAAGUUGAUAAAACACUGUUUCAUUUAUCUCUAUAUAUUUCAAUAAUCCUUGAAAAUCAAAUGUUAUUUUUGACAUGGGAAAAUGGAAAAGUAAUUACAGGGUAAAAAUUGGUCUGGUUCCAGUAUUGUUUCUGAGUUGAUAUAUUAAUCACCAAUGGGAGUAAAUUUAUUAAAAUUAUAUAAUAAUUGUAUAGAAGUCAGUGACGUACAGCAGAAAUGAAAUGGAAACAUUUCUGUCGCCCCAGGUCCCUGAAGUACCCAACAUGUAUUGGUCCUUUGUGCUCAAGCAACAUGCACAUAUAAAGGAUUUGAAGCAUGUGUUGGGGGAGGUUUUACCCCCUGUUGUAACAGAUUUCAUAACAAUUUUCCUUUCCAGUUAAUAGGUUUUCCAGGUCAGCACGUAAAGAUCUAACUCAUUCUUUUAAAAAGCUUAGAAUACUUAAAAGUGUGAGAUAUAUCAGUUUUUUUUUUUUUUAUUUUUUGACAGGCAGAGUGGACAGUGAGAGAGAGAGACAGAGAGAAAGGUCUUCCUUUGCCGUUGGUUCACCCUCCAAUGGCCGCCGCGGCCGGCGCGCUGCGGCCGGCGCACCGCGCUGAUCCGAUGGCAGGAGUCAGGAGCCAGGUGCUUUUCCUGGUCUCCCAUGGGGUGCAGGGCCCAAGCACUUGGGCCAUCCUCCACUGCACUCCCUGGCCACAGCAGAGAGCUGGCCUGGAAGAGGGGCAACCGGGACAGAAUCCGGCGCCCCGACCGGGACUAGAACCCGGUGUGCCGGCGCCGCUAGGUGGAGGAUUAGCCUAGUGAGCCGCGGCGCCGGCCCGAUAUAUCAGUAUUUUAAGCCAUUCCUACUGUAGACAUUCAGGUUGUUUCUACUGCCCUUUCAUGUGAAACUACCAAGGAGUAAGCCUUCAUAUCUGGUUACUUUUAUGUUUCUUUGGUAGAUUCCCAGUAGUAGGAUUAAAGAAUAUCUGCAGUAUGUGUGUAUUCUUCGAUAUCACACCAAUCUUUUAAAAAACACUUUAAAAUUUUUGUUUAGGGAAUGCUGUCGUGUAGAUGUUGUUUCUCCCUGUUAAAGUUUCCAGUGUUUUGAGAGUUUGGUCCCCAGGUUGGUGGUAUUGGGAGGUGAUGCAACCCUUUGAGAGAUAGGACCUACUGGGAGAUCCUAGGUCAGUUGAGGGCAAGCCCUCCAAAGGGGUUAAGGUAUUUUUCAUGGGACCCUAGUUAGUUCUCAAAACAACAGUGAUAGAAAAGCAUGAGUAUGGGCCCACUUGUUCUCUCUCUCUAGUUCCCUAUAUCAAGAUGUAAUCUUGUGUUCCCACACACAUUCCUGUCAUUGUCAUCUGCCAUGAGGUAAUGAAGCCAAGAAGGCCCUUAAAAGAAUUGAGCCAAUGUUAGCACCAUGUCCUCAAACCUCCAAGACUCUGAGUUAAAUAAACCUUUUUUCUUUAUUAAGUUA